UGUAUUUUCUGUAUCUGGUUCCUCCAGUGGUGUGUUUUUUUUAAGUAUUAAUAUGAUGACGGUACCCUCCUCAAACAGACUUUUUAAUUGGCGAAGUACUUUGUUAUUGGUCUUGUUUUACUUGUCAAGUAAUCAUCAACCAUUGGCAUCCACAGCUGAAGGGGAAGGAAACCAGGGCAUCUAUAGAUCAAGUAUGCGUCGCGUCAAGAGGGAACGUUGUCAACAUGAUUUUUACCAGCAUGAGGGAAAAAACUGCUGCCUCUGUGCUGCAGGUGAAAAACUGUCAAAGCCCUGCCGUACCACUGAUGUGGAUCGGGAGUGUCUUCCCUGUGAGCUGGGGAACACAUACAACAGUCACCCUAAUUCACUGCCUGAAUGUGAACCUUGCACAUCCUGCUCCCACCCCAGUGCCAAUCUACAGGUGGAGACGCCCUGUAACCUCACUAAAAACACGGUGUGUGGAUGUAAACCAAAUCACUACUGCGAAGGUGGCCAAAAGUAUUGCAAAUUCUGCCUCCCAUCACAACAGAGUUACGGAUUGGGAAUAGGUCUUGCAGUUACAUUUACUGUGUUAAUAAUAGUUGCUGCUCUGGGUGUCUAUUUAUGUCGGAAGAAACAAAAUGCUCAACGGCAGUGUAACGAAAACCCUGAGGCCAUUGAGGGACCAACCACAGUAGACAUGGAACCUCUGAUAAAUGUGGACCUCUCGCCUCAUGUCAUUGACAUUGCAGCAGUGUUGGGAUGGAAGGUCAUGAGGGAUGUGGCCUUAAGCAGUGGUCUGUCAAACCAUGAUGUCGAUUGUCAUGUGCACAACCACCCCAAUGACAUUCAGGAACAGACGCUCCAACUACUGAUAUGCUGGGUGGAGAAGGAGGGCAUGAAUGGCUCACAGAAGCUAUUACAGAAGCUCCAGAUGAGGGGCAAUAAGGGCACCGCAGAGAAAGUGAGGAAUAUAAUCAAGAAGGAUGAGUGCUCUGGUGGCAACUCCAGUGGACACCAUGUAUCUGUUUAGCUUUGCCUCCUGUAAAGAUGUCAUUAUUAAUAUGGAGGGUGAGGGAACCAGAUGGCUCGUGGGCAAUGGUGAAAAACCUGUGUGCAAUUAACCUCUCUCCAUAUAGAUAGGUGCAUGUAGUUAAAGCUACAGUCCUAAAUUUAGUUAUUGUUUAAUUCAUUGACACCUAUGGGGGUACUGGUAAUUGCAUUUAAUUAUAUUUAAGAGGUAAUUACAUCCCAGAGAUCCUUUCCAGAUGAUGUCUGGAAUGGUGGUGGUGACUGUGCCAUUGUUGAAGCACCUUCCCCAUCCCAACAACAAUACAGGGUUGAACCACAGUUUAAACUUAUUGUGGUAUCUGAUGGUAAACAUCUCCUUUGAGCUUCUGGCUUAGUCUGCCAGACCUGCUUGUUAGCCACAACAGUUUGCUUUGCUUCAAACUGACUGCUGCCGGCCUUAUUACUCCAAAUUUUGCUCAUAUGAUAAACACUUGCGCUACAGUGUGUGUACCUUAUCAUUUUUUUUUGCAGGAAAUUCCUACCAGACAAUAUCCAGUCAAAAGAGCAACUACAAAAGCAUUCCUGAUUUGGAUAUUUUAUUCAUAUUCGUAUAUUCUAAGAAUAUACACGAUCCAACAGCUAAUCCAGGCAUUUUAUUCUUGGAUUAGCUGUUGUGUAAAAUGCACCCAAGGUGGUUUAAUAAUUAUUAAGUCUGUGAGACACG